AUGCCCGACGCCGUGGCGACGCACCACCGCCUGAUCCGCGCGCUGAUUGCGAAGUACCACUGCUACGAGGUGAAGACGAUCGGCGACUCGUUCAUGAUUGCGUGCAAGAGCGUGUUCGCGGCGGUGCAGCUGGUGCGGGAGCUGCAGCAGGUGUUCCUGCAGCACGACUGGGGGACGGGCGCGCUCGACGAGGCGUACCGCAAGUUCGAGGAGGGCCGGGCGGAGGAGGACGCGGAGGGGUACGUGCCACCGACGGCGCGCCUGGAAGCCGCGGUGUACCGGCAGUACUGGAACGGCCUGCGGGUGCGUGUCGGGGUGCACACCGGGCUGUGCGACAUCCGGCGCGACGAGGUGACGAAGGGGUACGACUACUACGGUGGCACAUCUAACAUGGCGGCGCGCACGGAGGCCGUGGGGAACGGCGGGCAGGUGCUGCUGACGCGUGCGGCGUACAUGGCGCUGAGCACGACUGAGCGGGAGCAGGUGGAGGUGAUUGCGCUGGGAGCUGUGGCGCUGCGCGGGGUGCCGGAGCCGGUGGAGAUGUACCAGCUGGACGCCGUCCCCGGGCGCACCUUCGCCGCGCUUCGCCUUGAAAAGGAUGUGCCGGAUCUUGACGAGGGCAGUGAGUUUACAAGUGGAGAUGAUAUUUCAUUGCAUAGCACACGCACCGGCGCCGCGCAGGUCGUCGCGAUUGUGUUAACUUCUACUUUUGGCACCUUCACAGCCCCGCAGCGGCUGAAGGCGCUGAUGCUGCUCUGUGAGCGUUGGAACGUUCUUAUGCCGCGUAGGCCAAGCUAUGUGCAUGACGAUGAAUACUGCCGCGUGGCGAUCGAUCGCCUGGCGGUAAAGAUCAACAACGUGAUGGAGCGUAAGGGUUACGAGGGCCUUGACAAGGAACUCUUUGCGAUGAGUGCAAUGGGUUUUGGCGCGGAUGAACCUGUCCCCAGUGUGGGCGGGAGGUCUGGGUGGCAGGGUUUUAACGUUCGCCAGAAGGAUGUGGCCACGAGAAAAGACUCUGCCGAGGUUGAGCCAGUAGUGGCAGACGAACCGUGCCUUUCGUCGGAUGAUACGAUUUUCACUAUUCAUGUUCGUCGCCCCAAGUAG